AAAAAAAGUUACACCCAAUAGAAAAGGUAAAAUCCUGUCUCCAUGUACAAUAUCCUCUGUUUUGUUCUUCUCUAUUUUGCUCAAGCUCAGGGCCUUACUUCACCGCAGGAUAUUUCAGCUCUCAAAUACUUGAAGGCUUCUAUCAAGCCGAGCUCAAUACCGUCAUGGUCCUGUCUCGCUUCAUGGGACUUCUCCACUGACCCUUGUGCCAUCCCUCGUCGUACCCACUUCACCUGCGGUGUUACUUGCUCGCCUGACUCGACCCGUGUUACCCAAAUCACUCUUGAUCCAGUUGGCUACUCCGGCCAACUUAACCCACUCGUUUCCGGACUCACCCAACUCACCACUCUUGAUCUUUCUGAUAAUAACUUCUUUGGCCCUAUACCCUCUUCUAUUUCUUCUCUCCGUAGUCUACAAAGUUUGACUCUCAAGUCCAACUCGUUCUCUGGGUCAAUUCCUGACUCUAUCACGACCUUCAAAUCUCUUGAAUCCUUGGACCUUUCUCAUAAUUCUCUUUCUGGGCCUUUGCCAAAAACCCUGAACUCGCUUUCUAGUUUGAGGAGACUCGAUCUGAGUUACAACAAACUCACUGGUUUUCUACCAAAACUGCCAUAUAACUUAUUAGAGCUUGCUUUAAGGGGAAAUUCUUUAUCCGGGUAUAUCUCAAAAUCCUCUUUCGAUGGGUUAACUCAGUUGGAGGUUGUUGAACUCAGUGAAAACUCGUUCACUGGGAAACUUGGAGCAUGGUUCUUUCUCUUACCGUCAUUACAACAGGUAGAUUUAGCCAAUAACAGCUUCACACUUGUCGCGAUCUGGAAACCCCCCGGUGGUAACAGCGACCUCGUGGCCGUUAAUCUUGGGUUCAACAAGAUCGAGGGAAACGCCCCUGUAAACUUGGCUGACUAUCCUCUGCUGUCCUCCUUGUCGUUGAGUUACAAUCGCUUACGUGGCGCCAUCCCGUUGGAGUACAGCAAGAAGAAGUCUUUAAGGCGGUUGUUUUUAGAUGGGAAUUUCUUCAAUGGGAAACCUCCGUCAGAGUUUUUCGCCGGCGACAUGUCGGUUUCCGGUAGCUUGGGGGACAAUUGUUUACAGGGAUGUCCAGCAUCAUCUCAGCUGUGCAGUCCUUCGCAGAAACCUUACGCCGUUUGCAAGCAAGCAUAUGGUGGAAAACCAAAGUCUUAGUGUCAGCUUAGUCAUCCUAUGUUUUUCAUUUAAAAAAAAAAUACCUAAUAUAAGCAAUUUCUACUAAAAUAUAUACAUACAUUUUUUUUCUAUAUAU